UUUCAAAACAUAACCAUUUUGACUGUGUUUCAAGAUCUAAAACGUCCAAAAAUGUCUAAGGAUAAUGAUUCAGCUAAUUCAAGAUUUCCAGAUUAUGGGCCAUUAGAUAUUGAAAAUUACAAAGAAUUUUUAGAGAAGUCUAAAAUCACGUUUUAUGAAGACUGGUUCAAACCUUUUCUCCACAAAGAAAAGUUAUCUGAUUUUGAUCAGCUGCAGAUUUUGGGAAGUGGAUCAUUUGGCAAUGUGAUUCUGAUAAAACACCAAGAAAGUGGUAAAUUUUAUGCAAUGAAAGCCAUUGAAAAGGAAAAGGUCAUAAAAUACAAGCAACUCGAACAUACACGUAAUGAAAAAUUAAUUUUACAAUGUUUGAAUUACCCUCUUACAGUGUACUUAAUGUACUGUUUCAAAGACAACAGUUACAUUUACAUAGUGAUGCCUUUCAUCACAGGUGGUGAACUGUUUGGUCAUCUUAGAAAAUUUGGAAAAUUCGAUGAAGUACAAGCUAGGUUUUACACCAGUCAGAUAAUUCUUGCACUAGAGUAUCUUCACUAUUUGGAUCUUAUCUUCAGAGACUUGAAACCAGAGAACAUUCUGAUAGACCACACAGGGUAUUUGAAAGUGACAGACUUUGGUUUCUGCAAACGUAUGACGAGGAACAGGACCUACACGCUGUGUGGAACUCCAGAGUAUCUAGCACCAGAGGUGAUUCUCAGCAAGGGCUACGGUAAGGCUGUUGAUUGGUGGGCCAUAGGAGUACUCAUGUACGAGCUAGUUGCAGGUAAUCCUCCAUUUUAUGCCAAUGAUCCCAUGAAGAUCUACGAGAAGAUUGUGGCCAACAAAUACAAAAUACCCCCAUUUUUCAGUCCAGACCUGAAAGACAUAGUGAAGAAUAUCUUGCAAGUAGACUUGUCUAGACGAUUCGGCAAUCUCAAGAAUGGGGUUGAUGACAUCAAAGAACACAAAUGGUUCAGACAGAUAAAUUGGAUGGCUGUACUUAACAGGAAAGUUGCAGCUCCCUACAUGCCCAAGUAUAAGGCCCCUGGUGACACAACUAAUUUUGAGAAAAACAAAUGGGAACCUCUGGUUAUAUCAAAGGAGAACAAAUACCCUGAAGAAUUUGCAGAUUUCUAAGAUUCAGUACAUUACUUUGCAGUUACUGGUGACUUAUAUUGUCCUAUUAAACAAUUUGGUCUUAAUAGAUCGUCAUAAUUGUUGUUAUGAUCUUUGGGCAUAAUUUUCACCCAUUGAAGGAAUGGUUUGUUGUAAUUUUAUUUUAGGAAUUGGGUUUUUAUUAUCAGAGAGAUCCAUUAUUGUGUUUUGGUUAAAUAAACCUGAGUAAAUAUUAUGUUAGUUAUACUGUUGUAUUAUUUAAAAAAAAUUGUAAUCCUCUUAGAAUCAAAACUGUAGUAAUGAACAGUGUUUGAUUUCUAGAACUAGAAGUGGUGAAACUGUAACCCCGAAGGUCUGGAGAUAUGAAAUACUUUCCAGAAGAAAAGAGGGUCCAGAAGCCUUCUCCCAGAAAAUUAUGAAUAUACGUGUGAAGUCUCAAAACAGUGCUUUUAUGCAUUUCUGAGGUACUGGAAUUUGUGUUUAAACCAAAAGUGGUUAUUUUUUCUGAGAGAGGAUCUGAGACCAUUCUGCCUCAAUUCAAGCUCUGGUAAAAUGGGCAUAAUUAAGUCUCUUGACAACUUUACAGGACAACUACCAUUAUGUAAGGAUUAAGGAAUCAAUAAGAACUGGAAUUUCUAA